CCUUCCCGACGGGCUCCAGACUUAAGUGUGGCCGGGAAGCUGGACGUCAUGAAAUGAUGGCCGAGAUAGUAGAGGCCUGAAAUAACGUGGAUUUAUGCCAGACUCUCACAUCUGUUACGUGUAGACGUGCAACAUCAUUCUGCAAGUCAAUCAGUACAAUAAUUUGUCACUUCAAAUACAAUGGAAAAGUAUGAAAAAUUAGCCAAGAUUGGAGAAGGGUCUUAUGGGGUUGUAUUCAAAUGCAGAAACAAAACCUCUGGACAAGUAGUAGCUAUUAAAAAAUUUGUGGAAUCCGAAGAUGAUCCUGUUGUUAAGAAAAUAGCACUAAGAGAAAUACGUAUGUUGAAGCAAUUAAAACAUCAAAACCUUGUGAACCUCAUUGAGGUGUUCAGAAGAAAAAGAAAAAUGCACUUAGUUUUUGAAUACUGUGAUCAUACACUUUUAAAUGAGCUGGAAAGAAACCCAAAUGGAGUUGCUGAUGGAGUGAUCAAAAGUGUAUUAUGGCAAACACUUCAAGCUCUUAAUUUCUGUCAUAAACAUAACUGUAUUCACAGAGAUGUAAAACCUGAAAAUAUUCUGAUAACUAAGCAAGGAAUAAUCAAGAUCUGUGACUUUGGGUUUGCACGAAUUCUGAUUCCAGGAGAUGCCUACACUGAUUAUGUUGCUACAAGGUGGUACCGAGCUCCUGAACUUCUUGUGGGAGAUACUCAGUAUGGUUCUUCAGUCGACGUGUGGGCUAUUGGCUGUGUGUUUGCAGAGCUCCUGACAGGCCAGCCACUCUGGCCUGGAAAAUCAGAUGUGGAUCAACUUUAUCUGAUAAUCAGAACACUAGGAAAACUAAUCCCAAGACAUCAAUCUAUCUUUAAAAGUAACCAAUUUUUCCGUGGCAUAAGUAUACCUGAACCAGAAGACAUGGAAACUCUUGAGGAAAAGUUCUCAGGUGUUCAUCCCGUGGCUUUAAACUUCAUGAAGGGGUGUUUGAAGAUGAAUCCAGAUGACAGAUUAACUUGUGCCCAACUCCUGGAGAGCCCCUACUUUGAUUCUUUGCGAGAGGACCAAAUUAAAAGAAAAGCACGCAAUGAGGGAAGAAACAGAAGACGUCAGCAGAAUCAACUAUUGCCUCUCAUACCAGGAAGCCACAUCUCCCCCACACCUGAUGGAAGAAAACAAGUCCUCCAGUUAAAAUUUGAUCAUCUUCCAAACAUUUAGGAAAAUGUUCUUUCAAGUGGAGAGUAAUUUAAUAUGUACACAUUUUUGUACAAGCAAGAUAGGAAUUCUGUGUUUCAAACGCAAAUGAGCCAUAUGAAAAUUAAGAUGUCUUCUAGAAUUGUUUUUACUCUGAUCACUGCUUAUCUAUUUCUCCGUGCUUUUUACAUGCCAAUUUUAUCUUUUAGAACAUUUUCUUUAAAUGUUAUAAAGCCUGAAACUGCACAUAUGGAAGAGACAUUUUCAAUUUCAUCAGAGCAGGCCUUCCUGAGGCAAUUUAUAUUGAGAAUUUGUGGUGUUAUACUUUGAUAUAUGAAAAAGCUUUAUAUGUAUCACCUUGCAUUGGCUAACCACGUAAUGUUUUAAAGCAAUGUCAAUAGCCUGCCUAACUGUUGUUCAGGUUGUAACCUGGUCUGUUGAGUAAUGCUGGUGUUUUAUUCCGUGUUUUUAUAUUAGCGUAGGAAGGGAACUCGGAAAGGUCAUCUAAGUUUAUCAUCUGAUUCCAGGCCAGACUCUGCUUUCUCUCUCAUAAGACAUUGACAAUUCUAUUUUAACACAAGCUAGAGAAAAUUCCAUACAUUUACGUAGCAAAUGGUCAAUAAUGCCUUUGUUUUAUUGACAGCUGACUGUAAGGCUGUCCUUCGGUACUCUGUGGUUCCUUCUUUUCUCCUUCUGGAGAAAUCAUCUCUAUCUAAACCAUUUCUGGUGGGUGUGUUUUCUAAAUAGUUCAUUGUCAACACUCUCCUCUAAGCCUUUACAUCCGUAGUCACUGUGAACUUAUGCAGUCCUAAACUGGUGCAUCAUAAUUGGGUCAGAUUUGUUAAUGCUUGCAAGAGCAAGAUUAUCUUUCGAUUAAUUUGAUUUUGUGUCUCUUUCACAAAAAAAAACGAACAAAACGCCUCAAUGUGUAAGCUGCAUUUUACCUUGGGAUAUUUUUCCAAGUAGACUUGACAAGCACAUAUUUAUAAAAUUAAAAAUGAUGCAAAUGUUUCAAAGUACUUUUAGGCUGUGCCUGUAAAAUGAUAGCACAGUGCUGUCUGUUGCUGUCUGGAAUCAAGGCAUAAAACAGGGAUGUUCCUACAGAUAAAAACUAAGAAAGAGUAUUUCAUCAACUCUUUUCUGCUGCUGGGUCUGGCAUGCUCACCUGUUGUCAAAUUUUGCAAAUACACAUUAUUCCAGAAAUUCCUUGUAUCUGACACCAACAUUUAAACAUCAAUUAAUAUUAAUGAAACAGAGUAACACCCUGUGUUCUUCUCUAAAAGUCCUCUGCAAUGGGCCAGGCACUUAUAAACACGACUAUGUAAACAUCCAGAGAAUUUCUUUCAGUUAUUUGGGAGCCAUCCCUUCACUAAGGAAUUACAGCAUUACUUGAAGGACACUGUAAGUGGGCUUACUUGGCCAUUUAACAUUCCUCAUUAGUAUCUAUAGAAACUGUUAGGGUCUUCUUAUUUGCAGCUUAUUGUAAAGAAUGUGCCUCUUCAGAUUUGUAUCUUCAUGUAUUUUUAAUAGGAUGAUACCACAGAUAAAAAGAAACUUAGAAAUAAAAGAUAAAAGCAACUUUGCUGAAAUAUUUCCUUUUAGAUUUCUUAGUAUUUUUUUUUUAUUUUAACGUUCUUUUUACCAAACCAUUCAUGCUGCUCCCGCUCUCCUAAAAAUAAUAUCAGAGAAUAAGAAAGCACAAGGCUCUACCACCCAUUUGGCCUGUAGUAACGCCUCAAACAAUGGAGUUUGGGUGGUAGGGGACAGGGGUGGCCACUGUCUCCCCUUAUUUUUUGCUUACAUUUAAGAAUUAAUCCAAAUUAGCAUUUUUCAUUCUACUUUUUUUUUUCCUCAAAGACAAAUUCAUCUUAAGGUAUUCUUGGAGCAUGGAGAGGUUCAGAAAGCAUAUAAUGCUUAGAAAAAACAUUCUGAAGCAGUCUUAUUACCUCAAAGAAAAAUAAUCUCACGAUGGUAUUUGCAGGUUUAGCUUUUCCUGCAUAGCGUUACGCUGUCUCCGUCGCUGACACGCAGAAACCUCAAGGCACAACUCUUUCCUGUUUCAAGUGCGUGUUGCUCACCUUUGGACUACAUACAUUCCCUCACACUUCACAGCCACAAGGAAGACAGUUGUGCUUCCCGGUUAGUAUCCACAUUUGGUAAAACUUUUGUAAAGUCUACCCUCAGUAAAUAAUCUUGCCUGCCACCAUGCUUUUCCUUUGGAAUCAUGUACAUUCUCUGUCUCAGCUGGGUCUCGUCUCACCCAUGCUAGCUUCCAAGCUAGUUAGCUUAUAUAGUUCUUUCCCGUGUUGUCCAAAUACUGCACCAUCAUGGCGAGCAGCCCCGCCUGAAUACUCUGUGCUCCACCUCGGCGUGACCUCUCGGUGCCCUGGUUUCCUCAGUCUUCCCAUGCACGUGAACCUGGGAGCCUGCAAACCAAACAGUUGCGCUUUUUUAUUUGGCAGGACUCGAUACACACCAUUAAGAGGGUAGACUUGACUUAUUCUUAGAGGUCCUGCUUCUUCCGGGAAGAAGGCAUCCUGGAAAAUGACAUUUAAUUAGACUGCUAUUGCCCUGCCGGCUUGUUUGCUUGGACUCUGUCUUUGGUCUCCCUGGUUCAGAGCAUCUGUUAUUUGACUGUAAUUGUUCCAACUUGUCCCAACCACAGAGUCCUUUUAGAGGUCACUUUUGCAGACUAUCUUAACUAGACUGAAUCAUAAAAAAGUUGUGUUCAAGAGGCUUUUGAAUUCUUUGGAUUAGAGAGAUGAUUGAAUAAAGGGUAAAAACAAAGUUCCCAGACAGGGAAUGAAGAGUUAAAACAGAAAGUAGAUUUUUCUUCUUCUAAGUUGGGUAUUUCACUGCUCUCCAUGACUGCUAGAGAUUUCCCAAACUACAAGACAUUUAAAAAACCAGUAAGUUAUUUUGAAACUAUUUUCAAUUCUGAAGAUGUUUUAUGCUGCUUUAGCUGCCACAGAAUUACAUUUUUUUUUUAAAAAAAAAGAUGGCACUUUCUUAGUCAUUUGCUACCACCAAUGAUUUCCAAUCCUGGUUUUGGGACAACUUGAGUGGCGCUGAAUUCUCUAAAAAAAAAAAAAAAAAAAAAAAAAAUGUUUUUUUAAUUGAAAUAUACCACCACAAGAUGAAUGAAAU